CAGAAUUUUUGUGUAGCAUUGGCCAAUGAAAAAAGAGAAUUGUCCAAACCGAUACCCAAGCAAAAGCAUAUCCCUUUCAAGAUUCAAUUAUUGCAUCUGGUUUGUCCGUUAAAGCAACAAUGGUAAAAUGACAAGUCUAUCCUUCCCUCAGCAACCCAGUACCCACUUCCUUUCCUUCUAUAAAGGCAACUUUCUAGGAACUAAAAAAGCUAAAGACAAUGGCGUCACUCUCUGCUCAAAUCCUACUCUGCAUCACCUUAAUGGUGGCUACCUGUUCGAUGAUUGGCGUCAAUGGAAGCGUAGAAGGAGUUCAGAGAGAGUUCGAUUACUUCGCUUUGUCUCUUCAAUGGCCUGGCACCAUCUGCCACCGAACUCGCCAUUGUUGCUCCUCAAAUGGCUGCUGCCGAGGCUCGAAUUCUCCAACUGAAUUUACCAUUCAUGGAUUAUGGCCGGAUUAUAAUGAUGGAACCUGGCCCUCCUGUUGUUUCCGAUCUCAGUUUGAUGUCAAAGAGAUCUCAACAUUGAUGGACGCGCUUGAGAAGUAUUGGCCAUCCUUAUAUUGUAGCAAAUCAUCAACUUGCUUCAGUGGAAAAGGGUUAUUUUGGGCUCAUGAGUGGGAGAAGCAUGGAACUUGCUCCUUUCCAGUAAUUCGAGAUGAAUACAGCUACUUUUUAACAACCCUUAAUGUUUACUUCAAAUACAAUGUCACAAAAAUACUGAAUGAAGCUGGAUAUGUUCCUUCUAAUAGCGAAAGAUAUCCUCUUGGAGGCAUUGUCUCUGCCAUUGAGAAUUCUUUCCGGGCAACACCAGAGGUUGUUUGUUCAAAAGAUUCCGUGGAGGAAAUUCGUUUGUGCUUCUAUAAGGAUUUCAAGCCUCGGAACUGUUUGGCUUCCAAGACCUCAUGUCCAAAGUAUGUUAGCUUGCCAGCAUAUGUGGCGUUGGGGAGCAAUGAAUCUGAAACUGAUAUUGAAUGGAUUUCUGAUGAUGAAGCUCUGUAAAAUUUGGACUGAAGUUUCUAAAUCAAUAAUGUAAC